AAGGUUCUGUUUUUAUGCUGUUAAUGAGGACCCAUCUUUAAUUUGAUAUGGGCUUGACUCUGUCUGUUACAGAAACUAGUGAUUUGAUGAAAAAGCUCUCCUUGGAGCCCAAGACCAAAACCCACGAUGCUGCUGAGGCCCCCAAGAAGAAUGCUCCUUUGAAUGGUGGGAAUAAACCGAAUGCAGCCAUCCCGCAAAUGGACCGGUCAGUGACACCUGUACUCCAGAAUACUGAUCCUAACAUUUGGUGGUAUGCGCCCUAUUUGUAUGGAGGUUAUGAUGCGACGAGCGAGUAUGAGGACUACCCUAGAUAUGAUGGAGCGGAGAUGCCACAUCCUGGAGUUUAUGGAGAUACAUAUCCUGGUUAUGGAUUUGCUCCUUAUGGUGUAUAUCCAUCUCCUGGUUCCCCAGCUCCCACUAUAGGGCUUGAUGGCCAGCUGUAUGGCCCUCAACAUUACCAGUAUCCUUCACCAUACUAUCAGUCACCCUCACUUGCAAAUGCACCAUACAGUGUUAACCAAGCUCCAGCAUCGAAAGGAGAAGCUGUCUCUACCUCUGCUGCUCCAGACCAGCCACCUAUUUCUCUUGAUGCAGGCAAAGUGAACUCAAAUGGAGUUGCUAAUCUGGCUGGAAAUGGGAAUAAUGGAUCCGUACCGCCGAAAAGCCAACAAAAUUCGUCAGUGACAUCAAAUGGUUCAUAUGGUAGAGGUGCCUUGCCAAAUGGGCAUCCUUCCACUGGUUACCAGGAUCCUAGAUUCUCUUUUGAUGGAAUGAGAUCUCCUGUACCUUGGUAUGAUUCUGCUGUAUACUCUGAUUCUCAGCACCGACUGGGUACAAAUAAUGCUGUUUCACAUGUUACGAACUCUACGUCUGGAAGAAAUCAGAACUUGAGACCUCUCCCUCAUGUCAUGGGUUUGAAUAACUCGAGACCGACAUCGGGGAUGCCUGCGAGUUCGGGGAUGUUAAACAGGAUGUACCCAAACAGCAGGAUGUACAAUGCUUUUAAUGCUGGUCUUGGAUUCAGAUCUAGCUUUUAUGAUUCCAGAACAAAUGGGAGAUGGGAGGUUGUGGAUUCCAAGUACAAACCAAGAGGCCGAGGCAAUGGAUUCUAUGGUUGUGUCAAUGAGAACUUGGAUGGUUUGUGUGAGCUGAAUAGAGGACCCAGAGCUAACCGCUUGAGAAACCAGAAGGGAUUAGGAUCUAAUGUCACUGUUGGAGUCAAGGGACAAAAUCUUCUUACCGCCAAUGGGAAUGUUGAGGAUUCUAGUGUAGUCCCUAAUAAGGAUCAAUACAACAAGGCAGAUUUCCCUGUAGAUUACUCAGAUGCUAAGUUUUUCAUCAUCAAAUCUUACAGUGAGGAUGAUAUCCAUAAAAGUGUUAAGUACAGUGUUUGGGCCAGCACACAAAAUGGGAACAAAAAACUGGAUGGUGCUUACAAGGAAGCUCAAGAGAAAUUGGGUGGUUGCCCAGUCUUUCUGUUCUUCUCUGUGAAUACCAGUGGGCAGUUUGUUGGUGUUGCAGAGAUGGUGAGUCCCGUUGAUUUUAACAAGACUUUGGACUACUGGCAGCAGGAUAAGUGGACUGGAUGCUUCUCUGUUAAGUGGCACAUUGUGAAAGAUAUGCCCAACAGCAUGCUCAAGCACAUAACUCUUGAAAACAAUGAUAACAAGCCGGUGACAAACAGUAGAGAUACCCAGGAGGUGAGACUUGAGCAGGGCCUUCAGGUUCUUAAGCUUUUCCAGGAACAUGUCAGCAAGACUUCUAUUCUUGAUGAUUUCAAUUUCUAUGAGACCCGCCAGAAGGUGAUGCAAGAGAAAAGAUCAAAGCAACAACUGUUGCAUAAACAGGCAGCGGAGGGGAAGCCGGCGGUUUCUGUUGGUGAGAAAGAAAAGGAUGGGGCAAACCCUAGAUUGCAGACGUCACUUGAAGGAGUUACCCUUUUGAAGAAGGAAACAAACGUAGUUGGGCUUGGAGAAAGAAAGCCAUCUGAGGAAAAUGGUUCAACCACAGUGGCCAUUGGAGAUGUACAGAAAGUUUCUAAGCCUGUAAUUGUUUCGAAGCCUGUGGCUAAUGGUGUUGCUAGUGUGGCUGUUAGGGUUUCAUCGAUCCACUAGUCAUCCAUUGUGGCCCAUUCAUGGGAUUUUAGUUUCAUCGAGAUAUUCUGCAGACAUCGAGAAGUUCAGAAGGCUGCAAUAUGUAACUAGUGGAGCUGACUUUUGAGGCAAAUAAAGAUCAUCCUCGGCAAAUUGUUGUGUUGAGUUGCAUUUCUUUUCUCUCACCGUCCCUUUACGUAAGAAGUGGGGAAUCUAUAUUGCAUUAGGUCUUUCUUUUCCCAAAGUUUCUCUAGGAUAUAGGAGUAUGCUGUAAUGGGGCUUUAUGUUUGGUAAAGGUUGCUCGAUAGUUUUCAUUUUCAUUUUUAGUUUGAAGUUUGAACCUUUUAGGAUUGUUUCUGUCAAGACUUCUCUUUUGUAAAUUGGUCAUUGCCUGUUAGAGGCUUUGUAUCUUUAAGAACCUGAAGGUAAGAUUAGAUAGUAUUUGCAAUUAGUAUUUGGAGAGCAAGUGUUUUUGCUGA